AUGCGCAGCUGCCGCGCCGCCUCCGCCCGGAACUUGACGUCAGCGGGCUUUCGCGCGUGCCGUCAGGGUGCGUCUGCCACACGCCUGUAUGCUUCGGGCAUAAUCAGGGACGGCUGCUGCAAGGAUAACAGCCUCAUCUCCACAGCGACUCGCAGUCUCAAGGCUCUGCCCCGCCGCCGAGCGGAGGAGCCUUCAUCCACACCCGGAGCUGCAGGCGGGAGCAACACUCGCACCUCUCCCCCGCCUCCUCCCGAAGCCCGGCCACCGCAGGCGCCCAUCACGUGGAAAAGCGCACUCCUCGCCCUGGGCGCUUGUGGGGUGGUGCUCGCCUACUUUGAGUUCGAAAAGGCCAAGAGGAAACCAAGAAUCGAGAUUGCUGUGGCAGGAACGCCGUCCAUCGGAGGACCCUUCACGCUCGUCGACCAGGAUGGUCAUGUGGUCACCAACCACACCUUCCGCGGCAGGUACAUGUUGGUGUACUUUGGGUUUACGUUCUGUCCCGACAUCUGCCCCGCCGAGUUGGCCAAAGUGACCAAGACGCUCAAAAUCCUCGAGGAAGAGGAAGGGAUCACACCUGGCCUAGUUGUCCCAGUCUUCAUCUCCGUUGAUCCCUACCGUGACACCGUUGGCAAGAUCAGGAGCUAUCUGAAAGAUUUCCAUCCUUCGUUUGUGGGAUUGACGGGCACGCCACAGCAAGUGGAAAGCAUGGCCCGGUCCUUCCGCGUCUAUUCGUCCACCUCGCAGCAUUCUGAAGAGGAUGAGGAUUACCUGGUGGACCACUCCAUCUUCCUCUACCUCAUGGACAAGGAGGGCAGCUUCCUGAGCCACCACGGCAGCCAGUACGACGCCCAUGCCCUGGCCCAGCGUAUCGCCACUGACGUCCGGUCUAAGCUCAAGGAGAGAGGCAGCAAUUUCGUUGCCACCUUCAUUCAUUGA